UAAAAGAAGGGUGCUGCAGAGCGACACUCUACAUUGACGGCAGAUCAGGAUCAGGUUGGAGGAUGAGAAGGACUCUGCUGUGGCUGACGGCCUCUCUGGCCUUUGUCUCUUUAACUUCUCUGGCUGAUGGAGCUCCAUUGCAGGUGAUGACCGCCCCCAACUUGUUGCGGGUAGGAACAGCAGAAAAGAUCUUUGUGGAGUGUCAAGACUGCACUGGAGGAGACAUCAGGGUCGAAAUCAUCGUGCAGAACCAUCCGACUAAAAACAAAAAGCUAGCAUCCACAACUGUGACACUUAAUGGUGCAAAUGACUUCCAGUCGCUUGGAACAGUAACGAUCCCUGUUGGAGACUUCAGUAAAGAUCCCAACAUGAAACAGUAUGUGUACCUGCAAGCUCAGUUCCCUGACCGACUGCUGGAGAAAGUCGUCUUGGUGUCCUUCCAAUCCGGCUACAUCUUCAUCCAGACCGAUAAGACCCUCUACACCCCCGACAGCAAAGUUUAUUAUAGGAUGUUUGCAGUGACGCCCAGCAUGGAGCCUGUAGAGAGGGAUGACACAACCCAAACUGAUGCUUCUAUUGCCAUUGAGAUUGAGACCCCUGAAGGCAUCAUUUUACCACUCGAUCCAGUCUCUCUGAUAUCAGGGAUGCACUCUGGGGAUUACCAACUUUCUGAAAUUGUCAGUCCUGGACUGUGGAAGGUGGUGGCAAAGUUCCACAGCAACCCACAGCAGAGCUAUUUUGCAGAGUUUGAGGUCAAAGAAUAUGUGCUGCCCAGUUUUGAGGUCAAACUGACACCUGACAGCCCCUUCUUCUACGUGGACAGUCAGGAGCUCCGCGUCAACAUCAAAGCGACAUACCUAUUUGGUGAAGAGGUGGAUGGGACAGCUUAUGUGGUGUUUGGGGUUAUGCAAGAUGGUCAAAAGAAAAGCUUCCCAUCUUCUCUUCAGAGAGUGCCGGUUGGCAGAGGUAGUGGAGCGGUCACACUGAAGAGAGAGCACAUCACACAGACCUUCCCAAACAUCCUCGACCUGGUCGGGAAAUCCAUAUUUGUAGCUGUCAGUGUGCUGACAGAGAGUGGUAGUGAAAUGGUGGAGGCAGAGUUGAGAAGUAUCCAGAUCGUCACAUCACCGUACACCAUUCACUUCACGAAAACACCCAAAUACUUCAAACCAGGAAUGUCCUUCGAUGUUGCGGUUGAAGUUGUGAAUCCUGAUGAGACUCCAGCACAAGGUGUUGCAGUGGUGGUCGAUCCAGGCAACGUGCAGGGCUUCACCGCAGCCAAUGGCAUGGCAAGGCUCACCAUCAAUACAGUCGCAGGGAACGCAAGACUGACAAUCAACGCAAGGACCAAUGAUCCUCGUAUUUCAGCUGAAAGACAAGCAAGAGCCAGCAUGACAGCUGUCCCAUAUACCACCAAAAGCAACAACUACAUCCACAUAGGUGUGGAUACAGCAGAGCUGCAAUUAGGAGACAAUCUGAAAAUCAACCUGAACCUCAACAGACAGGAAAAUCACAACAGUGACAUCACAUACCUGAUCCUGAGCAGAGGUCAGCUGGUGAAAAACGGCCGUUACAAGACAAGAGGUCAAGUACUGAUUUCCCUGAUCGUUCCCAUCACCAAAGAAAUGCUGCCAUCAUUCCGUAUCGUUGCCUACUACCAUACAAAUGGCAAUGAAGUGGUAUCAGACUCAAUUUGGGUGGAUGUGAAGGACUCCUGCAUGGGCUCGCUGACACUGGAGUCAUCGAGACCUGCUCCGUCCUAUGAGCCUCGUAGGAUGUUUGGUCUGAAGGUCACUGGAGACCCAGGGUCCACAGUGGGACUGGUGGCAGUCGACAAAGGAGUCUAUGUGCUGAACAACAAGCAUCGUCUCACCCAGAAAAAGGUGUGGGAUAUUGUGGAGAAGUAUGACACAGGCUGCACACCAGGUGGAGGGAAGGACGGUAUGGGUGUGUUUUUCGAUGCUGGGCUGUUGUUUGAGUCCAGCACAGCUUCUGGGACUGCCUACAGACAAGAAAUGAAAUGUGCGGCCCCCAGCAGGAAGAAACGAAGCACUAUAAUGGAUGUUUCAACCAGCUUAGUGAGUCAGUAUAAAGAGAAACUGGAACGUGACUGUUGUUUGGAUGGCAUGCAGAAAUCUUUGCUCUCGUACACAUGUGAGAGACGCUCAGAGUACAUCAACGAUGGUGCAGCCUGUGUUGCAGCCUUCCUGCACUGCUGUAAGGAGAUGGAAAGCCAGCGAGCUGAGAUGAAGGAAGAUAGCCUGCGACUGGCUCGAAGUGAGGAGGAGGACAACAGUUACAUGGACAGCAAUGAAAUUGGUUCACGCACCAAGUUCCCUGAAAGCUGGCUGUGGUCUGAUAUCAAAUUGCCUGCUUGCCCUCGACAAUCACCCAACUGUGACACCACAUCAUUUACGAAAAAUGUUCCUUUGCAAGACUCAAUCACAACCUGGCAGUUCACUGGCAUCAGUCUGUCACCGACUAAUGGAAUCUGUGUCGGCCAGCCGUUAGAAGUAAUUGUCCGCAAGGAAUUCUUCAUCGAUCUCAGGCUGCCGUACUCUGCCGUCCGUGGAGAGCAGCUAGAAGUAAAGGCAAUCCUCCACAACUACAGCCCAGAUCCUAUCACGGUGCGUGUGGAUCUGAUUGAGAAGGAGCACGUGUGCAGUUCAGCUUCUAAACGUGGAAAGUAUCGUCAGGAAGUCAGCAUUGGGCCCCUGACUACCAGAUCUGUACCCUUCAUCGUUAUUCCCAUGAAAGAUGGACACUAUCCCAUUGAGGUCAAAGCAGCUGUUAAAGAUUCGUCCCUCAAUGACGGAAUCAUGAAGAUGCUACGGGUGGUGCCUGAAGGCGUACUGAUUAAACAUCCUCAGAUUGUAACUCUAGAUCCCAUUAAUAAAGGAGUUGGUGGUAAACAAGAAGAAACUCUCAACAGUGGAAUUCCUAAGAAAGAUUUGGCUCCAAACACACCUACCAGCACACAGAUCUCUGUGACAGGAAGAGAACAAGUGGCUGCACUGGUGGAGAACGCCAUUAGUGGGAAAUCUAUGGGUAGUCUGAUCUAUCAGCCCUCAGGCUGUGGAGAGCAGAACAUGAUCCACAUGACCCUGCCGGUCAUUGCAACCACAUAUUUGGACAAAACCAACCAGUGGGAGGCUGUGGGCUUUCAGAAACGUGCUGAAGCCCUCCAACACAUUCAGACCGGCUACCGGAACGAGCUGGCCUUCCGUAAAAAUGAUGGGUCUUUUGCUGUUUGGGCCAAUCGCCAAAGUAGCACCUGGCUGACAGCAUAUGUUGCCAAGGUGUUUGCCAUGGCCAACAAUCUGGUGGCAGUGCAAAAGGAACACAUCUGUGAAGCCAUCAAGUUUCUGAUUCUUAACGCCCAGCAACCUGACGGCUUGUUUAGAGAAGUUGGAAAGGUUUCUCAUGGAGAGAUGAUUGGAGAUGUGCGCGGUGCAGAUUCAGAUGCCUCCAUGACGGCCUUCUGCCUCAUUGCCAUGCAGGAGUCACGCACACUAUGUGCAGCCACUGUUAAUAGUCUUCCAGGCAGUAUUGACAAAGCAGUGGCCUACCUGGAGAAGCGUUUGCCCAGCCUCACCAACCCAUAUGCCGUUACCAUGUCGUCAUAUGCUCUGGCCAAUGAAAACAAACUGGACCGCGAAAUCCUCAACAAGUUUGCUGCCCCAGCAUUAUCCCACUGGCCGACACAUAAGGGACGCAUUUACACACUGGAGGCCACAGCUUACGCUCUUCUCGCUCUCGUCAAGGCCAAGGCAUUUGAAGACGCCAGACCUAUUGUGAGAUGGUUCAACAAACAGCAGAAGGUGGGCGGAGGCUACGGAUCAACUCAGGCUACUAUAAUGGUGUACCAGGCUGUAGCAGAGUACUGGGCCAGUGCUAAAGAACCAGAGUAUGACCUGAAUGUGGACAUCUUGUUGCCAGGCAGGUCAAAGCCGGAGAAGUUCAACUUCAACAGGCUCAACCAAUAUGCCACAAGAACAUCUAAACUCAAUGAUAUAAACCAGGAUGUGAAAGUGACUGCCACAGGUUCAGGAGAAGCAACGGUGAAAAUGGUGUCGCUGUAUUAUGCUCUGCCUAAAGAAAAGGAGAGUGACUGUGAGAAGUUUAACAUGUCAGUGCAGCUCAUCCCAGAGAAAAUUGAAGAGGAGGAGAAGGUAUACAAGCUGAGAAUAGAGGUUUUGUAUAAGGACAGUGAGAGCGAUGCAUCCAUGUCAAUCUUGGAUAUUGGGUUGCUUACUGGCUUCACUCCCAACACAAAUGACCUGGACUUGUUGGCUAAAGGACGUGCCCGCACCAUUGCAAAAUAUGAGAUGAACACAGUCCUGUCAGAAAGAGGCUCACUCAUCAUCUACCUGGACAAGGUUUCUCACACAAGACCAGAGGAGAUCAUUUUUAGGAUUCAUCAGAAGAUGAAAGUGGGAGUCUUACAACCAGCUGCCGUGUCUGUCUAUGAGUUUAACCAUGAAAACAGUAACCAAACACAUUGUGUGAAGUUCUACCAUCCAGAGAGGAGAGGUGGUGAGCUACUGCGAAUCUGUAGAAAUGAUGAAUGCACAUGUGCAGAAGAGAACUGUGGUGUACUGAAGAAGGGCAACGUCAGCAAUGUGGAGCGCACAGCUAAGAGCUGUGAGACUAAAGUGAGCAGUAAUAUAGAUUUUGUGUACAAAGUGAGACUGGAAGAGUUUGCAGAUGGUUUGUCCACUGACAUUUACACAGUGCGGGUACUGGAAGUCAUCAAGGAAGGAAGUUUGGACGUGGGUCCUCUGAAUAAACUGCGCACAUUCCUCAGUUAUCCGCACUGCAGAGAGUCUUUGGAUUUGGCGACAGGCAAAACCUACCUUAAUGGCACUUCCAAAGAUAUUCACAGAGAUGAACAAGAGCAAACGUAUCAGUAUGUACUCGGAGAGAGAACCUGGAUUGAGUACUGGCCCACAGAAGCAGAGUGUCAAUCUGACGAACACAGACCGACCUGUUUGGGCAUGGAGGAGAUGGUCCAGCAGUACCAACUCUUCGGAUGUCAGCAGUAGUGAAGCACAAGGAAACAAAACGCGUUCUUUUCAAAUUGUGUUUGUGUUGCAUUUUUCUUAUUAUGUAAAACUUUCAUUGCUAUGGAGGUCUUACAAUUUCCACUGUACUGAUUAAAAUAUAAUGGUCCCAA